AUGGCUGGUAUUGAACUCAACUCUUCAUUCCCAAGUCAGAUGGCUAAUUUGACUUCACUUUCUAUUUUUGAGUUAUCUCACUCUAAUAUACGUGGUUCAGUCCCUUAUCUUCCGCAACUCGAAGAGCUUGAUGUGAGUGAUAAUCACGAUCUUCAUGUCGAUCUACCUAGGAUGUUCAAACAACAAUGGCCUAAACUACAAAAGCUUUGGAUAUCAUCAACCGUCCUAAACAGACCAAUUCCAAGUUCAAUUUCUAAUGCGCCAUUAUUAGUUAGUCUUUCCGCCUCUUCAUGUUCAAUUCAGGGAUCUCUACCUUCUUCGAUCUAUAAUCUUUCUCAGCUUCAAUAUCUGGAUUUAUCUGGUAAUUCGAUUACAGGUUUUAUUCAUCCUUCAUUCUCCAACCUAGAAUCCCUUUACUAUCUCGACUUGUCUUCCAAUAAUUUCCAAGGGUCCAUACCAAAAUCAAUGUGUGAGAAUUUGUCUUUUCAAAUACUUCGUUUGGAUUACAAUAAUAUAACAGGAACUGUGCCAAGUUGCAUAACAAAGCUCCAAAAUCUUAAGGUCUUUUCAGCGGCUAGAAACUCUAUUGAGGGAAAUGUUUCGUUGUUCUCCUUGAGUGAAAACCUAACUACCUUAGACAUGAGGUUUAAUAGUCAGCUAAACCUAGAUAUGAGGUUUAAUUUAGAUCAAUACUCCUCCUUGUACCCUAAGCUUAAUCUAAAAUAUCUAUGGCUAGGCUCGUGCAAUUUCAAAGGACUAUUCCCCAUUUCUUUUUGUAAUUUGACUAAUCUUGUAGAGUUAGAUGUGUCUCAAAAUAGGUUAACAGGAACUAUCCCUUCUUGUCUCAGCCAACUCAGAUAUCUUCGUAGAAUAUAUGUGACGGAGAACAAACUUCACGGUCCAGUGCCUCUUCCACCUCCUGGUAUAGAGGUUUUUGAUUUAUCAAAUAACAAGUUAAGUGGUGAGAUCUCGAUAGAAGUUGGAAAAAGACUAUUCAAUGCUAGCGCCAUCAGUCUAGCUGGUAAUGAACUUUCAGGUUCAAUUCCGUUUACUCUAUGUCCAACAGUGCCAAGCUUCACAUCCACCCAAUUUAUCGAUCUAUCUGGCAACAAACUAUCUGGGACGAUACCUUCUAAUAUAGGGUAUUGUAGAAAUCUGGGUACUCUAAAACUUGGCAACAACAAUCUCACCGGAAAAGUUCCAGAUGAGCUUAAGUUAGCGAAAAACAUUAGGUUCCUCCAGUUAAAUAACAACCAUCUCGAUGGCAAUCCUACUAAUCUCGCUAGUGAAUUUCGUAAGUUGGAAUUUCUGAACUUGGCAAAUAACAACUUUGAAGGCAGUAUACCAAAAACUCUUGGUUCACUCAAGCACCUUAGGUUUCUUUCUUUAAGGUCAAACAACUUCAACGGAUCCAUACCCAAAGAGAUUAUUCAUUUGCAAGACCUCCAACUAAUAGACUUGGCGAUAAACAAAUUUUCAGGCAAUCUUCCUAACAAAUGUGGGAACUUGAGAGGAUUAAUUAUGACCAAGUAUUUGGUAGACUUGAAUUAUGGUGACGUUCAAUUGGAUGUGGCAACCAAAGGGAUCAUGAUACAAAUUAAGAAAUUAAACAACUAUAGUUCAACCAUUGAUCUAUCGUGCAAUAAUCUUGACGGAAACAUUCCAAAAGAAAUAGGCUUGUUGACACUGCUCUCUUCACUUAAUUUGUCCAAUAAUUAUUUCUCCGGUGAUAUUCCAGAAAGUAUUGCCGACUUGUCUGGGCUAGAGUCUUUGGAUUUGAAUUCCAAUAAACUGUCUGGGCAUAUCCCACAAUCUUUGACAAAUAUCGAUUCUCUUGCGGUUCUAGACUUAUCUUUUAAUAAGCUGAGCGGCAUGAUUCCUAGGGGUCCUCACUUCGAUACACUUAGUUUGGAUGGUUCCGCUUUUACAGGGAAUGAGUUAUUGUGUGGAUUUCCAACGGAAAAAAUUUGUAAGGGUGACCGCAAUACUGGUACCAGUUAUGUUAGUCCUGUAAUUGAAGUUGAUGGUGUCGAUCGAGAUGAUGCAAUGGAGAAAUUCUUGUUGUAUGCUAUUGUUGUCUUGGGUUUUGUAGUUGGAUUUUGGGGUCUUUUCUUUGUUUUGCUUCUGAGGAAAGAAAAAUGGUGGUUCCCAUAUUGGAGAUCUAUUGAUUUUAUUGCAGUUAGAAUAACAAAUUUUAUUCAGAAUCAGAAUGAACGAUUGUAA